CAUCAAGGCAGGCAAACAUAUUCGUGGAUAUUAUUUAAUCUUGUCAGUUCGCAUAACCUCGUUCGUGCCUGCACCUUUGGUGAGUUGUCAAUCGGCAGGCGUAGUCCAAGUAUGUGACGAUGCACACAUCCACCAUCAUACCCGCUUGAAUCGCAAAACAACCUUGAUUCACUAGCCUCGAGUUGCUCCUACCUGUGUCAGAAGUGGAUUUGAACCACUCAACCCAUUGAAUGUAAUCUAAGCACAAAUCAACAACCUCAACUGUGACAACAACCUGGACCCCCAUAAUAUUAGCUUACCCCUUUACCAAAAGGCAAAACCACUACUCUCGUGCCGAAAUCCAAAUCAAAACCACCGCAAUCGACCUCUCGAACACAACCAAAAUGACCGAUCUACCCAACCAAAUCACGAUUCCGGCCUCCCUCGCCACCUAUCAAAUCUCUCCCACCGCCUACAUCACCCAGCACGAAGACAAAAUCACCCACCUAGUCGCCGGCGCUAUUGUAUUCCACAACUCGCGCAUCCUACUCAUUCAGCGCAGCCGGCAGGAGAUCUACGAGCCCCUCAAAUGGGAAGUCCCCGGAGGCAGUUGCGAACCCACGGACGAGACCAUCAUCGCCAGCGCCGUGCGGGAGCUCUGGGAAGAAGCUGGACUUAUCGCGACGGCCAUGAUAGACGUCGUAGAGGAUGGGCACGAUUGGGUUGAUGAAUGGGGCGGUUGGAGAAAGAUUACCUUUGUGUUCGAGGUGGAGAAGACUAGGGGUGUUGCAAAGGGAGGAUUGGAAGAGGUGGAGGAGGCGCCCGAGGUGAAACUUGACCCGACCGAGCAUGGUGAUUUUACUUGGGUCACAGAGGAGGAGGUGAAGGAGGGGAGGAAGGGGUGGAGGGUGUUUAGCUGGAUUAGUGAGGAGCAGAAACAGACUAUCUUGGAUGCGUUCGAGUUGUUGAGGGAGGGCAGGAGGGUUAUGAAGGCUUCUUGAGCGAGGGGUCUAUAAGGGUAUGGAGGAAAGGACAGGGAGGGAUGAGCUUUGCUUCGCACACAUGGUCAUUGUGUGAUGGACAUCAUGCAUACAUUGCAUUUCGAAUAUCCUGCUACGACCCCAAGGUCAUCAUCGAGUGAUAUUCUCCUGCUCCACUUCCUCCGUUACACUCUCGACGCUUCCACUUUUUUCGCUCAUUAGAUCUAGCAGACGUAGAGUGGUCUGGGGAGUUCACUCUGCUUGUUAUCACGAUUCUAUGC